AUGCCGAUCCACGUGUUCAAGAACGGCCAGGCUAACAUGAAUUGCCUCCAAGGUGUGAGCGCUGCAAGUCGAGAAAAGUUAGAUGCAUUGGACCUCGCGCCGGCCCUUGUCAAAAGUGUCGUGAUGCCAACUUAUCGUGUAGCUUCGAGAGCGCAAAUACACUCAUCGGAUGCAUCACCGCCUACACCUAUAUCGGCUCUUCUGAAUCAGCCAUCCGAACAUGAUAUCACCAGUGGCUCCGCAGAGACAGUCGAUUCCUCUACAGUCCACAAAAGUCAGCUAGAGCGCAUACGUUGGCCUAGCUUUUUGUCCCACUUGCGAGAUGUGUUUUCCCUGGACCAUCAGGACAUUCCCGAUGAAUAUCCCACAGCAGCUCACUCGACUUAUCGACCUACGAAGCUUUCGGCUGUAGAUCUAUCGCGAAUGCGAAAGGCAGCAAACUCGUUCCCCCCUCGCCAUGUUGCCGAUUUCCUUCUCAAAAUUUGUAUUCAGUUUGGUACAGACAGUUUCUUCUACUUCGACCAGGAUCAGCUUUUAGCUGAAGUCAAUGAAUUUUAUACCGAUCCGACGUCAGCCCUCCGAUAUGAUGCCAGCUUUAUGUGCCUCGUCCUCUCAGCAUUAGCACUCGGAGCUCAACGGUCACUACCCCUAGGGCUAGACAGAGAUAUCCCUACAUUCAACUUUGAGGAUGGAGAUCCCGGCCAGCUAUUCUUUGAACAAGCCAAAUUUCUGAUACCGGAUGUCAUUGAACGGUCAUGUCUCAGGGCGAUACAGGCCACAUUUAUCCUGGGAGUCUAUUUACUUCCUCAAACUGCAGUUGGUUCUUCCUACAUCUACAUAGGAAUAGCGUUGAGAAAGGCAGUUUCCUUUGAUCUGCAUCAUCCGGCGGACGAUUUCAUGACGACUAUGCGCGAAAGAGAGGUUCGCCGUCGUCUUUGGUGGUCAAUAUAUGCCCUCGAGAGGACUUUAACAGUAAAACUGAACCGGUCCCGUUCCAUCAAUGUGGAAACUAUCACAACCCCCCUACCGUCACCACUGUCACCACUAGACAGCGUGGCAAGCUUCGACAAUGUGCAACACCAGUUGGCCAACGCAAAACUAGUGAGGAUCUUAGAUCUUGUAGCUGAAUCCGAAAAUGCAUCGACACUCGAUGCGAAAUCUCAGCUAGCUGAUCAAAAUGCAAGAGAGCUAAAACAAUGGAAAAGAGAAUUGCCCCCGGAAUGCAUACCAGAUAACAUACAACCUAACCAAAAUUCCUAUCGAGCAGUUAUGCACCUCCAUAUGAAUUAUUACUUUGCCUGGAUUACAAUGGGUAGAAUCUCUCUCGUUAGCCUGGUACGCACUAAACUCCGGUUUCUGUUUGGACGAGAUGCACAGCCUCCGGUACUUGAAGAAGGAAUCGAAAUAAUGUCACGUUACGCGAUGAAGGGAGCUACGAAAAUGCUCCAGCUUUUCGACAGGCUAGCACGCAGCGGCAACAUGGUACGAUUCUCCUUCACAGAUUUCCAAGCAUGUAGCAUUGCGACAACCAUAACCUUGCUGGCUGGAGUCUUGGAAAGAGAUGCAACUUACGAAAGCAGAGUGGCGUUUGCAAUGGACUGCCUGCACAAAAUGUCUCUCGGCAAUUCCGCCGCAACAUCAGGCCUCAAAUUUCUCGAUGCCCUACGGUCUAUUGCAAAUGAAGCCGCCAGUAGAUUAAAGCAGGUUUCGCCAUCUCUAUCCGUCCUCAUUUUAGAUUCACCCUUUGGUGGAUCAUCUUCAGAGAGGCCGGGAUACAAGGAAUGGGGCGAGUGGCUCUCCAAGUCAGUGCACUCUACUCCAAAUGUUGAGAUUGAUUCAGCAGAUGACCAUGCUUCAACAAUUAAUGCCGCUAGAUCUCCUCGCCUAGAGUCUUGGGGACAAAGGCCUCUAAAUGGUAACUGGGGAGAUGACUGGAGUUAUGACGAAGCCCAAGGAAUAUCAUUGCCAAGCAAUUUAGGUCAGACAUAUCAGGGUGAGGUGGCUAAUUUGGCCAACUCAUAUCUGAACGACGACUUUUUCUCGCCAUAUCAUAGCGAGCAGACAUUUCUACUAGGCUUAACUGGUCUCGAUGUUUUGGACUUUCAGUAG